AUGCUGGCUCGCGCAAACAGCGACGCGGGUGCCCGUCUCCGGCGCUCCAAGUCGGCAUCAACAGUCCACAAACGACCCGUUUCCACCAUCGAGUCGAUCGACUUGGAGGCUGUCAGGCAGCAGGCCGUGGCUGCUGCGACAGCGGCUUUCUCAAGAGCACAGGUUCAAGAUGCGUCGGAUCGUACUGCCAGAUAUAGCUCUGACGUCUCGAGAUCGAAGAGUAAUGCCAGCCGCAAGUCUCUCACAGCCCAGGGCAGUCAUUUUCCGCCACGCGAAGGCAGCUUUCGAGCCAUGCAGCGACCAAAGAUGGAGCAUAGCAAGAGUAGCCAGCGCCUAUCGCAAGCCUCGACCGUCAACAUGGAGCAUAACAAACCGACUAUCGGCGGAUCGCUGUCAGUACAACGCCAGUUAUCAGCACAGCCGUCGGUAACGUUCAACGAGAAUGUCAGGCCUAGCUCCCAGCCCAAGAACCCUCGAUCGAGCGCUGCAUCCUCGGUGACCUCACAACAAAUUAGAAAGGCACGCUCCAUGUACUACGCAAGCAGCAUACAAACCGGGUCACCUAUAGCGAGACCACCGGCAAAGUAUUUGGCCACUCCGUCCUCAGCCAGUACAAGUCCAGUGUCAGAGCCUUCGCCUAUACAUCCACUUCCUCGAUCACUCCGUCCAUCACCGCUGGCUGCUCCGCGUAUACCGGUUACUGUUGCAGCCGGCGUGACACUUGACCAGGCGCGUGACGAUUACCUCCAGGAAUUCCAGCAAAAGUCGGUCAAGCCCAAGCCUUCCAUAUUCCUGGCGCCUUUCAAGAAGAGACAGGAUAAAGGAAAAGAGAAGGCGAGACGGAGUGUCACUGACACACAGGCGUUUCCUGUGUCUGAUGGACAGGGGCCCGACGAUUCGACUACGGAUAUCACUCUCAGCGAAUUCAUGCCGCCACAAGAGCUGAAGGAGAGGCGUUCCUUCUCUGGCUCGUUGAAGAAUAAGAUUAUGAAAGUCUUUCGACGUACAUCCAUCAAACCAACCAAUCUUCCCGUGCAGCAUAUUGCAGCUAGUCGCGACUACUUCAGUACUUCUCACGUCCGUCCACCAAGUGACAAUGAUGCAACAUCUAUACCAUGUCCAGACGAGGCAACGUUACAACGCGUACGUGAACGCACGCCUUCGCAUGAGGGCGUUCAUCCUGCUUGUCUACGUUCGGGAUCUCGAAGUAACAGUGCCGGAAGCGGGCGCAGUGGGCGCAGUCUACACAGUGAAGCCAACGCUCCACACGUGCCAGCAUCUCGUAUGACGAGCUGGGGUACAACCACAACGACUGACACACUGGCUCAACGCGCUAUCAAACGAAUGACGGUCAUACACGAGUCCAAAGAUAGCAUCGGAAGUGAGGCUGAUCAGAUCACCUCAGUGACUGCUACAAGGAGAAAGUCCCUGCCUCUUCCACCACUCUCAUCUUUUCGCGACCCUAUGCCCAUGCAAAGCCUUGAGGAAGAAAACUCAACACCCAUAGACCCCAAAAGAGUCUUUUCUGCCUUGAUGAAAGAGAUUGGUACAACCAGGUCUUCAGAAGAAUCGGCAAGUCCCACGAAACGAACACCCGGCGCGGAAAGCGAUGUGUUCGAGUCUAGGAAAACCAAGCUGCAAUCUCAGACUCGAGACCUGCAUUCUAGUGGCAGCCAUAUUCGUAGUAGCAUCGAGCUUGACUUUCGUCCGCCGUCACGCCGACCUCCAACGGCCCAGAGUGCACAGAGCAAGACUAGCACGAUCAGGUCUCUUGGAAGGGCGAUUCGAUCAACUAUCCGCACUGUAACGCCUGCUGGACAACCCUCGUCGCCCGACCCUGAUAUCAGAAAUUGUGCGCCUGAGCGCGGCCAUAGAAACGACCUUGCACCUCAUUCAAACUCUACGCCAGAGACGGAAGGAAGUGAGGGAGAGCAUGUUGGUAAACGGAAAUAUGUCACUCAGAUAUUCGCACCAUCGGCCUCGCAGAUUGAGAAACGAAUGGAUAAGUCUAGAGACCGGUGGAAGAAUCCUCUCGAGCAGCCUGAGAAUCCUCAGUUUCCACGCGAGACUGACAAGUCUUGUGACGUUACAACAUUGGCUGAAGAGUCUCACGAGAUUCUGGAGGAAAGUGCGGAGAUGGACGGAUCAGGACAGCAUGUUUAUGAUAUCAGUGGCCAGGACUCACGCAAACACGCGAAAUCACCAAACCCUUGUCGCUCACCAGGCUCGAAGGACGUGAUUACACCAAUGUCCCCCAGUAUCUAUUCCAGAAACACAGACGGUAUUAGCAUCGAUCAUAACGAUAGUAUCAUAUCUUUUGAUGGUACUGGCCAGUUUGAACAAGCACACCACGCAGGAUCAGCAGUCAUUCUCACGUCUCAAUCUGUCAGGAGCUACGUUGUGGGAACUCCAUCGCCUCAGCGUGAGGCGCCAGCUCGUACCAGUCGCGACUGGAGGGCUUGGUUGUCGCAUGAGAUCUCUGGCAUGGAGCUGAAUAGUCAAGAGGAUCUCAGCAUAAACGAACAUUUUGCAAAUAUUUCCAGGACAAAACGAUCGGGCUCCGUGCGUACGUCGCAUACUGAACAUGAGGAUACGACGGUGGUUUUGCGAGGUUCUUUGGAUCAAUACGAUGAUGAGGCGUUGGGUCCUAGGACAUCUUACCGAAAUGAGCAUCUGGGUGAGGUGAAGGAUUGUGAGGGCGAUAAUAGGGAGGUGACUGGUAAAUUCCAGGAGCAAGACUCGCACCCCACUGCUUCCAACGCAAAUGAGUCCAAGCGCGAUUCUGGCUCUGGGAUCAAUGUAUGCCCAACGUCGAAAUCACGACCAGCCUCGUUUGCCAGUGGAAAUAGGCGGCUUUCAAUACCCGGAGUUCACGCCUCACAGUCACUUGUAGGCUCCGAGACAUCAAAGCCACCCGCAAUGAAUGAGCGCUUCCCUUUGGCGAACACCGACCAACACCCCAGCAGCAACAGCCUUGUGUCUCUUUAUUCCAAGUCAGUAGCCAACAGCACAUCCUCGCUCCCAUCCCUGAAACCUUCCAAGCCUUCGGUCGGGCGUGCAAACCUCAGCACCGCAGCACCAAACGAGUCCUCACAGCACAUUCCCAGCACCGCAGCACCAAAGCGAAGUGAUGCACAACACCACAGAAAAGAGAACAUCACGCCGCAAUCCCUUCGCAGCACAAAACAAUACUCAACUCCAACACCACACUUCCCAUCGCCCUUAGUUCCCUCUCAGCCGCUGCAACACUGCUCGCCACGCCGCCACUUCGCAAGCUCCUCUCCACAACGCAAAAGUCCCUCCGCCACCACGACUACUACUACUCCGACGAGGUUAACACCAACACGCCCCCGCAUCCGUGCUGUUAUCCGCCCUAAAAGCGCAUUUGAUCUUUGCAAUACAACAACAACGACUACCACUACGGCGGCACUUCAGUACAACAAUCCGGGUAUAAACGCGACCCCAGAAUCACCACUACGCAGACCCAGAUCUUACGCUCGCGAUCCGCAUACACUUCCGCCUCACAACGAGGCUGGUGCCGCGGACACGCUGCAGGGUAGGGCUAGCGUCACGCCUGGCCAUCGGCUGGCAGAUGAGUUUCUACGCGAACGAAAGAGCGGGAUUGGUGCGGAGAAAUUGAGGGGCGGAUUGGUGCUGGUCAGGGAGGAUACGCCUGCGUUUUUGUAA